CGGGGGCGGGGGGGGGGGGGGGGGGGGGGGGGGGCAGGGGCGUCGAGGCGGGACGUGUACGUACACAAGUGGGCAGCGCCAGCUGCGCAGCAGCGGGCAGUCAAGGCAGGGAGGGCCCUGCUGCUGCACUUUUGUUAGCCCAUGAGUGUGCAGCAGCAGCACCAGCAGCAGCAGCUGCUGCUGCUGCGGUCCCCGCUGCUGAGUCGCGUGCCUGCCUGGGCUGUUGCCCCUGGCAGCGGGAGGGGGGGUCGCAGCAACAGCAGCAGCAGCAGCAACAGCAGCAGCAACAGCAACAGCAACAGCAGCAGCAGCAGCAGCACAAUUGCACUGCUCCAGAAGCCUGUGGCUGUGGAGCCAAUCACUGCAGCGUCUGGGGAGGAGCUCAGCAGGCAGCUGGGGCUCCGUCUCUGCAGACUCGAGGGGCCCCUUUGCUGCUGCUGCUGCAGCGCGAGAAAGGGGCCCUUAAAGGGAACAUUUUUCGAAUUGAAACUAAUCAGGUCAAUCUUUUCAGGUUUUUGCUGCUAGAUCGAGCAGCAGGGGCCCUCGCGAGGGCGCUGCUGCUGCUGCAGCACACCCCGUUGGGCAGCAGCUCGCGGCUUCUUUGCCUUCUCUAG